GCUGAAUGCUUGUGUUUGCUGCCUGCCAGCAGAGUCUGGAGGAUCAUGUGAGGCUGAUCCGCCUGCUUCCCCCCCUCCCUGGGAUGAGGUGGGACCUCCUCCUCCUCCUCCCCCCUUAGUAUUUGUUAGGAGCUGGAGCAAAGCAAGAGCCCAUGGUUUGUAACUGAGAGUCUCAGACUCAACUCAGGAGCUCUCUCUUCUGCUUUUGUUGCUUUGAUUGUACUCUUCAUUUUUGGAGCUUGAGCAUAGCUGUAGGGCGAUCAGACACGUCCUCCUUUACCAGGACAUGUCCUCCAUUCCAGCCUUCUCUCCAGGAGGAAUUCCGAAAUGUCUUCCAUUUGGAGCAUGGCCAAGAAGCAUGGAUUUAUAUUUAUAAGAGUGGUCUUUUAAAGCUUUUAUUUUGUAAGGGCCUCCAUUUUUCUUGAAGACCCUACACUUUUUUCCAGGGCCUUGUCCUCCUUUGCAGUGAGAAGAUCUGGUCAGAUCGGACUCAGAGAAGGGCUGGAAAUGGCACCAAAUGACUUUCUUGAGUCGUGCUCGUGGAGGUGGAAAUUCCAGGAUCUGUUUCAGGGAGCCUUGGCAAUCGAGUGGAUCUAAUUGGAGACUAGCCAGAUGGACAGCUUCAUCUCUUUUCUACUUCCUAUCCCCCUUCGCUUUUCACUCUGGAUUACUUGGAGGAACGAAGGGGACUGGAUUUCCACACCCUUGCCUUGCUUUGCCUUGCCUUGUGAAAGGAGCUGCUUUCUUCGCCUGGAUUUGUGCCCCCUUCUGGGGGCUGUGAUAGUGCCGGUUCUUUGGAGUUUCCAGGAGGGGGGAAACUCUCUGUUGUGGAUUGUUUUUUGUUUCUAUGGAGAAACGCAAUGAGCUGUUUUACUCCUCAUGACGGGGAAAUCCGCCUUCAGUUUUUUAUACGCGUGGAAAGGAGUCCUCGAUACAUGUCUGCCAGGGAAUAAAGCCAGCAAAAGAAAAGAAAUGAGUCGCCAGACUGCUACAGCACUUCCUACAGGUACCUCCAAGUGUACACCAUCCCAGAGGGUGCCUGCAUUGACUGGCACAACUGCUUCCAACAAUGACUUGGCCAGUCUCUUUGAGUGUCCAGUCUGUUUUGACUAUGUACUACCACCGAUUCUGCAAUGCCAAAGUGGCCAUCUUGUCUGUAGCAACUGUCGUCCCAAGCUCACAUGCUGUCCGACUUGCCGAGGCCCACUUGGUUCCAUUCGUAAUUUGGCUAUGGAAAAAGUUGCCAACUCUGUACUCUUUCCUUGCAAAUAUGCCUCCUCUGGCUGUGAGAUAACUUUGCCCCACACCGAAAAAGCAGACCAUGAAGAGCUGUGUGAAUUUAGGCCUUAUUCAUGUCCAUGUCCUGGUGCUUCUUGUAAAUGGCAAGGUUCUCUGGAUGCUGUCAUGCCCCAUCUCAUGCAUCAACAUAAAUCGAUAACAACACUACAAGGAGAAGAUAUAGUUUUCCUAGCUACAGACAUUAAUCUUCCAGGGGCUGUGGACUGGGUCAUGAUGCAGUCUUGCUUUGGUUUUCACUUCAUGUUAGUACUGGAGAAACAGGAGAAAUAUGAUGGUCACCAGCAGUUCUUUGCUAUUGUACAGCUGAUAGGAACACGGAAGCAAGCUGAAAACUUUGCUUACCGCCUUGAGCUAAACGGUCAUAGGCGGAGAUUGACUUGGGAAGCAACGCCUCGAUCGAUCCAUGAGGGGAUUGCAACUGCUAUUAUGAAUAGUGACUGUCUAGUCUUUGACACCAGCAUUGCACAGCUUUUUGCAGAGAAUGGCAAUUUAGGAAUUAAUGUGACAAUUUCAAUGUGUUGAAGCUGCAAUCUAAUGUUUUCAGGGCAGUGCCUAAAAAAAUUCAAAGCUCCAUUGUAUUCAGUUUCAUGGAAAACAAGGUAAACAUCUUUGACUGCCAGAUGUGAACCAUUUGGUAGGGAGAGGCUACCAUAUAUGAAGUCAAAUUCACGGGAAGGUUGUUCAAGUACAGGACACAGUUGCAUGUAAUAACACUAAUAUAUUUAAAGUGAGUCAGCAGUAAACCACUGAAUGAAUAUAUAUAUAUAUAU